AGAGAGAGAGAGAGAGAGAGAGAGAGAGAGAGAGCGUCAGGGGCAGGCUGCUGGUUACAUGUGUUGUUCCACCUGCAGUCAGCGGUCAGCCGGACGACACGACACCGAGGACGAGCGCAGCAUCCCGGGCUGAAGCGGCGGUAGGAGACGGUGAAGCGGAGGAAACGAGCUGCGGCCGUGAAUCUGAUUUCAGAUCCGCUCCGUCACAUCCUCUGGUUCCAGACAUGAGCGGAAGAGUUGGAGACCUGAGUCCGAAACAGACUGAAGCGCUACAGCAGUUUCGAGAGAGGGUACAGGACAUUCUUCCACAACUUCCCGCACAGCAUGACCACUUCCUGUUGCGCUGGCUCAGAGCCAGAAACUUCAACCUGCAGAAGUCAGAGGCCAUGUUGAGAAAGCAUGUGGAGUUCAGGAGAAACAUGAAGGUGGACCUGAUAAUCACUGAGUGGCGUCCACCAGAGGUGAUAGAGAAGUACCUGUCGGGGGGGAUGUGUGGUCACGACCGCGAGGGAAGCCCCAUCUGGUACGACGUGAUCGGCCCGGUGGAUCCCAAGGGCCUCUUCCUGUCCGCCUCCAAACAGGACUUCAUCAAGUCCAAGAUCAGAGACUGUGAGAUGCUGCAGCAGGAGUGUAGCCUCCAGUCAGAGAGGCUGGGGAGGAACGUGGAGGCGAUCACGAUGAUCUAUGACGUUGAAGGUCUCGGUCUGAAACAUAUAUGGAAGCCUGCUAUAGAAACAUAUGGAGAGAUCCUCCAGAUGUUUGAGAACAACUACCCAGAGGGUUUGAAGAGGCUGUUUGUCAUUAAAGCCCCCAAACUCUUCCCCGUGGCCUUCAACCUCAUCAAGCACUUCCUGAGCGAGAACACGAGACACAAGAUCAAUAUCCUGGGAGCGAACUGGCAGGAGGUUCUACUGAAGCACAUCGACGCAGAGGAGCUGCCGAUGAUCUACGGCGGCAAACUGACGGAUCCCGAUGGAGAUCCUCGCUGUCGCACCAGGAUUCAUCACGUCGGCCCGGUUCCUCCGUCGUACUACGUGCGGGACCACGUGAAGGUGGACUACGAGCAGUGUCUGAACGUCAGCCGAGGAUCCUCCCAGCAGCUGGAUUAUGAGAUCUUGUUCCCGGGCUGCGUCCUCAGGUGGCAGUUUUCCAGCGAGGGGGCGGACAUCGGCUUCGGGGUUUUCCUCAAGAAUAAAAGGGGGGAAUGGAAGAAGGCGGGGCAGAUGGAGGAAGUCGUUCCCAACCAACGCUACAACUCCCACCUGGUGCCCGAGGACGGAUCUCUGACCUGUGAACGGCCCGGAGUCUACGUUCUGAGGUUUGACAACACCUACAGCAUGUUCCAGAACAAAAGAAUCAGCUUCACAGUGGAGCUCCUGCUGCCCGACCACCUACUGCCCCCGCAGGCCAACAGGGGCUCCAGCAGCCGAGCGCAAGCUGAGGACAAACCUGUCCUCACUGAGAAGACGAGUCCACGUGCCUCCGCCAUGUUGUCAGAUCAGUAAUAUUCAGCCACAUGUGAGCACAGCCUGACAAACUUGAUCCCCUGACACACAGUUUGGUGCGACGUGGCCUCAGAGGAGUGUGUUCACACUCACAGUGUUAAAUCUGAAUGUUCGAUGACCCUUUAAUAAACCUCCAGGACCUCAUUCAGAAAGUUCAAAUCUCCACUGAAAAGCAUUUAUCAAACACAUGGAAAUAACAAGAACGUACACAAACACAUAUAUAUAUACUGAUAAGAUUGAUCUAUAGUAGAUUUCAGUUUAAUUGUUUAUUUGAACCAAUAGUUAUUUGAUGAACUUGAGCUUCGGAUCAUCUCUACUCUGACUUGAAUGCAGCAGGUGUCUUGGUCCAGCUCAGUGAUUGGCUGACAGGAAUAGCUCGGCUCAUUCACUUUGAUAAGAUCUGAAAUAUAAUCCGGAGCUGAUCAAAAUCAAUCUUUAAAACAAACACUGAGCCAUUGGGACGGGGCUCAAACGGGUUUUCAAUGCAUUUCAGUGGAUUCUGUAUUUACUUCAUGCAGAGCUUCAUGCUUAUGUGUUGAUGAUUUAUUUAUGUAUUUAUUUUUUAAGAUUUUCAUUCCAUAUAAAAGGGGAAAAGGUGGAUCAUCCACGGUUUGAGUCAGUUUCUACAGCCAAAUGAAAACCACACAGUAUAAUGUCUAUGACACAGCUAGCUAACUGAAGAGGUGUUAGAAAAACAAAACAGAGUUUACGAACAAAGACUGAGUAGUGUGACAUGUUCUCACCUUUUAAAAUGCACUCACACACUUUCCUGUUUGGAACAACAAUUAAAACCUGCAGCUUCACAACGACCGAACUCACCACAGUGAACAGAAACGAUUGGCUGUUGACUUGGAAAAAGAAUCAAAGCACUAAACUCAUAUAUGGUAUUUUUAUAACUACUGUCAGAUAUGCACUGAGCUCCAGAGAUGUUUGUGUCCGAGUGAGAGCCUCCGGAGUUUCUCUCUGACCGACCCCCAAGUGUAAAGUCAACGGUCGCAACAUUGAAAGAACAUAAAGACUAUAAAUAUCUCAGGAUGAAAAAGCGAAGGCACUGAUGAAGAUGUCAGUAGUUUGUUGUGAUCGUCCUGCCUCCGCCUGCUGCACCACCCCCCUGUGUUGUGCAUGUGUGAGAGGAAACUUCUGGAGAAAGUCCGGACUUAAUUCUCCGGAGUUCCUCGGGAGGUCAUGUCUGAAAAUGGCUUAUGUUUUAGAAAGCAAGUGAAGAUAUGACCUUCAGGGACGAAGCCCUUCACCUUCAUAUGUGCUGCAUGUAGAUGUUGAUCUGAAACGAACUUCCCACAGAGACUGUAGAAGAUAAAAUGAUAUAGAAACAAUCCACUGUGUGUUGUAUUUUUCUUUUACAGUUCAAUCCUCCAUCAAUAUCAUGAAUAUGAGCGUGGGGGGGGGGGUCGAAAAAUGUGAAAUGCUCCAGUUGUGUUUUCAGUGAAAUCUCCAUCGUCCCACAUGUGUUUUCAAAUAAAGUUUAGUUAAACUAAA